AUGGCCAACCGACGACAACGGCGUGUCAUAAUCAUCGCCGUGAUCUUGUUUGCUCUCUUCGCCUUCCAUAGCUUUCGUUCCAGCGCGCCACCAGUCCGCGAACAUGUCAACAUUCCCCUCGUCAAGAGCAGCUUCGACUGGGCCAACCAUCGACACAAGUACCCGAUAUCCCCGUCAAAGAUGCACCAUCUGCCUACGCAACGCCUAAAGAGCCUCCCGCGAGUCCAAUUCGACUUUGGUGCGAAGCGCCUGCGCCUAAACGAUGCGAAAUCCGAGUCGCGACGAAAGGUGGUACGGGACGUCUUUGUCAAGAGCUGGAAUAGUUACAAGGAGUACGCGUGGGGCUUCGAUGAGUUGACGCCAGUCACCGCCAAGGGAAAGGAUACCUUUGGCGGUUAUGCGGCCACUCUGGUUGAUGCGCUCGACACCUUGUGGAUAAUGGACCUGCGCGAAGACUUCAACGCCGCCUUGUCUGUCAUUGGGGCCAUGGACUGGGAUGGCACAAAGGAAACAGCCGUCAACGUCUUUGAGACUACUAUACGUCACCUCGGAGGUCUUUUGAGCGCGUACGACCUCAGCGGGGAGCCCGUACUGUUACUCAAGGCCAUUGAACUGGGCGAUAUGCUGUAUGCGGCCUUUGACACCCCGAACAGGAUGCCUCCUUUCUGGCUGGACUUUGAGGCUGCGAAAGAGGGAAAGCUUGUAGCUGGUACAUCAGAUCCUUCUGCAUCGCCAUGUUCGCUGUCGCUCGAAUUCACAAGACUCUCGCAAGUCACCGGAGACCCCAAGUACUUUGACGCAAUCGAGAGAGUCAAGCUGUUCCUCGAGAGUACACAGCGAGAGACUCAACUCCCUGGCAUGUGGCCAGCCCUCAUCAACUUUCGGGAUGAAAGCGUCUUGCAACACAACGAGUUCACAUUGGGAGCACUCGCCGACUCUCUGUACGAAUAUCUGCCCAAGAUGCAUGCGCUACUUGGGGGAACCGACCCGGCCUAUGAAAAGAUGUAUCGUCAUGCGAUGCACGUCGUUGAGAAGCACCUCCUGUUCCGUCCUAUGCUCCCCGAUAACGACGAUAUCCUAUUCUCUGGGACAGCGUUUGCCGAAGGCAACGUGAGGCGAAACCCCGAGAGCCAACACUUGUCAUGCUUUGUAGGCGGCAUGUUUGGGCUGGGCGGCAAGCUUUUCGGGAUCAAAGAGCACAUGGGUCUAGCCGAACGACUAGCCCGCGGCUGUGGAUGGGCGUACAACUCGUUCCCAACAGGUCUCAUGCCAGAGAUCUUUGGCAUGGUUCCUUGCGAGACCCUGGACGGCUGUGCAUGGGACGAAGAACGGUGGAAGCGCGAAGGCGCAUCUGAUCUGAGGAAGGGAUUCUCGCACGCGCGGGACCCCCGCUAUAUUCUGCGUCCGGAGGCCAUUGAGAGUAUUUUCCUGAUGUACAGGAUGACUGGAAACCCAGAGUACCAGGAAAUAGCAUGGACAAUGUUCCAGUCCAUUGCAAAUGCGACGGAAACUGAGUAUGCCAACUCGGCCAUUGAGGACGUCACCGUGAAGGGGGAAACGAAGAAACUUGAUUCAAUGGAAAGCUUUUGGCUCGCAGAGACGCUCAAGUAUUUCUAUCUCAUCUUCUCACCCCCCGGCCUCGUCAACCUCGAUAAUUUCGUCUUGAAUACAGAGGCACACCCGCUGAGGCGACAAUUACUUUAA